AGGCCCAUUCUCAGAGGCCCUGUCUCCGAGGCCCAGAUUCAGAGGCCCACACUCAGAGGCCCAGCCUCAGAGGCCCGCCUCAGAGGCGCGGGCUCAGAGGCCCAAUCUCAGAGGCCCAGGCUCAAAGGGCCAGCUUCAAAGGCCCAUCUCAGAGGCCCAUCUCAGAGGCCCACUCUCAGAGGCCCAUCUCAGAGGCCCACUCUCAGAGGCCCAUCUCAGAGGCCCAUCUCAGAGGCCCAAUCUCAGAGGCCCAUCUCAGAGGCCCAUCUCAGAGGCCCAUCUCAGAGGCCCAUCUCAGAGGCCCAUCUCAGAGGCCCAAUCUCAGAGGCCCAUCUCAGAGGCCCGUCUCAGAGGCCCAUCUCAGAGGCCCAUCUCAGAGGCCCACUCACUCAGGAGGCCCAUCUCAGAGGCCAGGUACCAGAGGCCCAUCUCAGAGAACCCAUCUCAGAGGCCCAUCUCAGAGGCCCCAUCUCAGAGGCCCAUCUCAGAGGCUCAUCUCAGAGGCCCAUCUCAGAGGCCCAUCUCAGAGGCCCAUCUCAGAGGCACAUCUCAGAGGCCCAAUCUCAGAGGCCCACCCUCAGAGGCCCAUCUCAGAGGCCCAUCUCAGAGGCCCAUCUCAGAGGCCCAUCUCAGAGGCCCAAUCUCAGAGGCCCAUCUCAGAGGCCCAAUCUCAGAGGCCCAUCUCAGAGGCCCACCUCAGAGGCCCGGGCUCAGAACAGCAGCUUUGGUCGUUGUUGA